AUGGAGGUCAUAUAUUGGCACAACAUUAAACUGCCAUCCUUGACCUUGGUCUUCUCCAAAUUCCUAAAUCGACUCCACAUUAACUGUAUAUACGUUUUAAACAUGGUACUGACUCCAAUAUUUCGCCUAGAACAAGAUGACAAAAAACUUAAAGUCAUCAUUCAUGCUCCACUAGCUAAAAUAUCUGAAAUGGAAGUAUGCGUUGAAGAACAAACUUUUUAUUUUGACUCCUCCCCGUACUAUCUCAAAUUCGAUAUUCCAGGUUCUGUAUUAACGGAUGAAGAUACUUUUGAUUAUGAGCUCAUCGACGGUGAUAUACACAUUACAUUGGAGAAGUCUAAACCAGGACUCUUCAAGGAUUUAGAUUUAAUCACAAAAUUGUUGAUAACUUCGUCUGAAACAAAGCCGUCCAAGUGUUUGAUUGAAGAAUUGAAUGAUACUGUUGAACAACAAAAGUGUUGGUCAUUGGACUGGUUUAGCAAUUCAAAAUGUAUAAGUUCAACACCAGAAGAUGUGGUUCUUUCUAACCCAACUUAUGGUUUUAGUGGUUCCAAAUCUGGACUGUUCCAAGUUGAGUCUGAUUUAACACAUGCAGUGGAUCUGCCUCAUCCAGAUUCGGUUGAUGUUUUCAAACGAUCAGAGCUUAGAAAAGUGGAUGAAGAGAAGAAAUUUCUUGUCGAUCAUUAUCUUGCUGAUUAUUUCGAAUCGGACUCUUGGAUUCAUAUGAAAAACAUUGAUUUACCAUGGUCUAUUAAUAAUAAUACUAAUAGUUUACCAGAAUUCUCAUCCGAUGAACGUCAUCGUCUAAUCACAUUAUCAACUCGUCGACUUCCUCUUCAACCUGAUAAUGCUUUGGAAGAAAAAAUGAUAUAUUUAGGCCUACUCGAUCUAUUAUUUGCUUAUAUAUAUGAUUACAGAGUUCGUGAAGGUGAGACUAUGUCCGAAUCCGGUUGGAAUAUAGUGAAACUUGCAGCUACACUUUCAUGGUUUGAGGUAAUUUUCUUUGUCUUUUCUAUUAUUGUUAUUCUUACUCUCCUCCCUUUCAUAGUUGCAUUAUUAAGAGAUUCAAAUAUAUGUCACCUGGCUUCACAAUCUGAUACACUGCCACUGAGCUAUUAGGAUUUCAGGCAACUCUGUGUAGGAUUGAGAUAUUUUAAAUUGAUUGUGACCAAAAUUAUGUUUGUCUAAUAUUGAUCAAUGUUUUGGAAAAAGCUUAACUUAAUCGGACAUAACAUCUCUUUUCAUCCCCGUUUUUACAGGUUUAUCAUUCCUUACCGGAAGUUGUUGUGUCAUUCUAUAGACGUGCUUUAACUUAUCCCCUUGUACGAAGUUGGAGAUUUUGCACACUUAUCAAACGCGAUGCUUCUUAUCUUUUACAACAUACUAAUAGUAAGGCUAAUUAUAAUUCAUAUUCAUUUAUUCUUAAUGAUGAAUUUUCUUCUCAAAAAAAUCUAUCACAUUUAUUGGCUAUUUAUUGUUGCUUUUCAUUGGUAAUUUAAAUGCCAAUAGCUUUAAUAUUAUCCCCUAAAGAUCUUAAGUCUUGAUUUACUGGUCCAGUUACUUGACUAUAAACUUCUCAGUUAUUGAUUUGUAUUGUACUAUAAUUACUGAAGUUCCAAUUACAGCUUAUUAUGAAAAUUUGUACGUAUGGAGAUUUUUAUAAAGUACCUAUGGGAGAAAUCUCAGGAAUACAGAUUCUUUGAAAUCUUUUAUUUCUCAUAAAGUAAACUAAAGUUGAUCUGUAAGAACGGCCUUUGGUGAACUGAAGGAAGCUCUAAAACGCUCAGAAAAAGCCGAAGACAUUCCAUCCAAUCAUCUUUUGGAAAUAGCAAGAACAAAGAUUCUAUCAGAAUAGCAUGAAUCAUCUUUUGGAAGAACAUUCCAGAAUCUCGACUUGUAGCUUCCCGACUGGACAAAUGCCAAAAACCACUGCAUGCGAAUUGGACGAUUGUAAUGAUGAUUUUGUUUUUACUAAAAACUAUAAAUACCUGAGUGCGUUGUGCCAUAUUUGACACUGUUUGGAAUAAGAUUCCUUCCUACUCGUCUUUUGUUCUCUUACUUACAACUUGGAAGGUUCUGGCGUUUUAGUGCCCAGGUUUUACGUGGUAUAGCAAGAAUACAAGCUCUAGAUAUAAUUUGAUGAAUAACGGGUCUUUAAAUAACCACUUUAGAAGUUUAUAAACUUCACGUAGAUUAUUAUUGUUUGAUCCUCAAAUGCAUCAUGAUUUCAAAAAAUACCCACACGUUUUCCACUGUGUAAUCAUCAAAGUCAGUCCACUUUCAAUAUACCUGUAUGUAGAAUCUAGCCACCUACUGAUCCUAAUGAGUAUGAAGCACAUGCAUAUGUCACACUCAACUGUUUUGGAGACAAAACUAGCUUAAAAUAGUCACGUGCUUUGUUAAUAACAAACUGAAAUAUAAGACGUGCUUAUUCGUAUUGUGACUGAAAUAAUGGCAUUGAAUUUUUCAUCUGAAAAACCAUUAUGUAUAAUAUUACCCAUACAAGUCAAGAUCAUAUUAAAUGAUCCUUCAACCUUUAUGUAUACCCACACACCUCAAUAUGCACAUGUAAUGGAGGCGUGAGUAGUGUUGAGGCAGUUCAGUUCAAUAAAGUCACAUUUGUAACGUGGGUAUAUGAAGAUCCGACAUUGUUUCGUGGAGGAAGGAACGAAGGAGCAGAGCAUAGAAAUCAGAAGGUUAAGUCAACUUCUUCGAAAUGAAGAUGAAAAACAAACUGGAAGCUGGAAUAUGACCACAUGACCAGCCAAGAUCCCUGCAUGUAAGAAAUAGAGCAAUAACUUUUCACGGAAAACUUAUUCCUAAAAAGCGAAAUUACAUUCUUUUACUCAUUAUGGUUUUAGUGCAACAUUACUUCCUUUUUAAUUCAAUGUAAUGAUUAUUCAGUUUAGUAUCGUUUUGUUUCCCAAUAUGAUAUUUUAUCGGGUAUAACAUUAGUUUAUUUGAGUGUGAUGUGUUUGUUUAAAAUACGAUAGAUAUUCUUGUAUUAAAUUAAUGUUAAUUACAUUCAGUAUGACGAGCAGCAUGUGAUUUGUUACAACUCUAAGUAUUUUUAGUGUACGUGAUUUUAUCAUUAUUAAUAAUCAAAAUGGGGUGUACAGUCAACAUACAAUGACUAUAUUUUCGAUUCGGGUCUUGUUCAUGUUUUGGGGUUAAUAAAUCUCCACUUGUACCAGUCUUGGUGUUCUUACUUCGUUUCGUACAGAUUGAAAUGAUCCCUGGUUUUUUUCCAAGUAUAAGUAAUAGACGGCGUGAAUAUAAUAACAACAAAUAAGGUCCCAUUGUGUUACUCUUCUUAUCGAUUGGUUGAAGGGUAGGGAUCGAUUGUGGAUUGUACAAAUCGAUGGUUUUUGUCACUGCGCUAUUAAGUUUAUCAUUCGGAAUGCGUAUUCUUAGUAUCUUAUAGCAUAGUGCAGUCGGUAAACGUGUCAAGUACAUUGAAAAUAUUUGAUUUAAUAGAAUUUGAGAAUAAUUCACUCUGUUUUGGUUACGAUGUUGGCAGUUCUUUUAAUUUUAUGGAUAAUUCUGAACAGUGAUUCUCGUGACGACAUGUGACCAAAGUUGACUGUAUUCAAUAAUUAAGCUGUUAACUUCCAUUCUCCCAUCCUUAUUGGCAACCGAAGGCUACAAGAAUCGUCAUUUAGGUUCACUUACGAAAUCGAGAAAUUACCUCAAUGGUUGUUUACAUUAGAAAUUUAUACACUCCAGAAGCUAUCGCAAUUCAUCCAUGCAAACCUGACUUCUGGGUGUAAAAGAGUCAUAUUCAAUCCAUUAUUUUGCCACAUAUCCUAAUUAAGAAUAUCUUAUGAAUGCUAUUUCGUUUUUUUUUCUGAAGCAAAUGAAAUAUAAAAACAGUGCAACUGUCCUCUCACGAUUAUUUCUUUUCCCCUCUUUUGACCUUUUAUCUUUCCUUCUUUUCUAUAGCCAAACAAUGGUGUUUGAAGUGUCUAUUAGAAAUUCGUGAAUUUUUGAUCGCCUAUCCUGGCUAUCAUGUAUUCGCUGAAUUAUAUCUAAAUGAUUAUAUUGUAUGGAUUCAAACGCGAGCAUGUGAGUCGAAUUUACAUGAUCUUGGCAAAAGUUUAGAAGAAUUUAAAAUGAAAAAAGAUUUUGUCGAUUUGAACUUGAAACAAAUUGAACAACUUGGUCAUGAAUGUUUAAAAAUGGAAAAAUUACAAGAUUCAUUAAAACAAAUGUCAUUUUCUGUGAAUGACAUAGAAGAUGAAAAACCGAAACCUUUACAAACUUAAACUGAGAAAUUUUUCAGAAAUUCUUUACACACUUUCCCUUUUGUACAUUUAAAAACUUAUUUUGUUUUCUUGUAUCCCUGCUUCCUUAAAACUUACAUUUCUAUACUAAACUAUAUUUUAUUCAUCGAAAUAAAUUUAUCUAUAACUAUAGUGGAAAAAUCCCAACCUUAUUCUCUUUGGAUUUAAACUUUUUUAACAACCAUAUACGUGACCAUUAUUAAUUUACGGUUAUCAAAAAUCUUAUAAACUACUUAUAAAAUAGUAAGUAGCUAGUUGUUAUAACAGAUGAAAAUCGUAUGAAUCAUGACUGUCUAAAUCGUAUGUUGAUCACUUUUAACAAUUGAAUUGCUAUUGACAUGAGACAUCUAAUAAACGGAUAUCAAAGGACAUAACAAGUAAUUGCUAGGGAGAUUUGUUUUAUAUGACAAGAUGAUACUUGCGUACAAAAUAUUCAACAUGAAAAUAACCCCACAAGUCAACAUCACUUAAGGUGUAAAUAACGGUGCGAUAUGAGUUUUGUAGAAGAAUAUUAAAACAAUUAUGAUUUAAAGUUAUUAUUCACACCCUUCCAUGCAACAAGAACUAGGUUUUUCCACCUUCGCACUCC